AUCAUGGUGUAACUAUUUCCUCUAUCCCUCUAUUCUGAAUUAAAAAUCAGAUAAAAUCAGCUAGAAAUUAUGUGAAAUGCUCUGGAAUUAUUUGAAACGGUGAAAUCGCGGGGAACAGCUCUGGAAAAGAUUUGAAGUCUUUUGGAAUUACUGGAAGUCACUUUGAAGCUCCAUUUUGAAUUAAAUUCAGAUAGAAUCAGUCCUGAAAUAAUUUUAAAUCAUUAGUACUCCCUUGAGAUCAUGAAAUUGUGAGAAACAAUUAUUGAAAUUAUUUGAAUUAAUUUAAAAUUAAAUAGCCCAAGAAAUUAUUUUGAAAUUACACUCUAAAGAAAUCAAUUUUGAAAUCAUAAAAUCAUUACGUCAUGAUAUUUGAUAAUGAGUAAUUGCAAUGCAACGAUUGCGUCUGCAAAAAUAAAAUCGAUUGGUGUACUUAGUAAUGUUUGCAGUAAUUUUGUAUUAAUUUUUUGGAAUUCUUAAAUAACGAAGUGAAUAGUAUGAAGUUGUCUCAUUGUCGAUGAAAAAGGAUGAAGCAUGCCUUUAAAAUUAACCUAUUGUUGCCUUUUGGAAUAUUGAACUUCUCCAGCUUUCCAGAAAAUCACGAAAUUGUAAUUCAAAUUUUGCCUCGUGGUAAAAUGACAACUGCAAUUUCGACUGGUCACGACAUCAACGAGAUCUUUGAGAAUCUGCUCCUUUCUGAAGAAAUCGCGGAACAAUCAGGAUUUCAAGAGGGUUACAAUGAUGGGAAGAAUCAGUCCUUGAAAGGGUAUCAUCUGGGUUAUCACAGAGGAUCAGAAUUGGCGGCUAAACUCGGUUAUUACAGCGGUAUCGCCCAACACUGUCUCAACUCCAGUAUUUAUCUUCCAAAAGUCACGGAACACGCGAAAAAGUUGUUAGAAGCCAUCGAAUUAUUUCCACUUACCAACGACGAGACUGUGGAUAUUAUAAACAAAUCAGAAGAGAUCAAGUUUAAGUUUAUAAAAUUAUGUUCUCUCGCUAAAAUCGAUUCGACGUAUCCAGAGGCUGAUAAACUCGACUUUUGAUAUUUCUAGAUAUCGAUUUAUUAU